ACUUGUUCCUGUGGGCUACAGCUGGCAGCUAGCAAGAGCAACUCUCCUCCCUGCUAAAUAGUAACAGUGUUAUUUACCUGUCAGUUUAUGUUAAAUUGUUCGAACGACUAGGUAAUUUUGAGUAAGAGAGUUCUCUGCUCCGUUAAAUAUAAACUGUAACGCUACAUGAAAAGUAGCACCUUGGCUACCGUUAGCUUAUUUGCAAAAAGCCAAAUCAACGACGCCAACUGUGGAAUAUCUAUUUUUUUCUGGCUUUAUUUGGCUAAUUUUUAGCCCUGCUUAGUUCCAUUCUUCCUCUAGAUACAACCGUAAUGGUUUUAUGAACAAAUGUAGUGUUUUGGCCGUGCUUAUUACCACUUCAAUCGGAGCUAGCCUGCUACGCUAGCUUGCUUGCUAUCUGCUUUGGUACAUUAAAGACAGUCACCAAGGCAACAAUGAACAUCCUCCCGAAGAAGAGCUGGCACGUUCGAAACAAGGACAACGUCGCUCGCGUGCGGAAGGACGAGGCCCAGGCAGCGGAGGAGGAGCGCGAGGCCAAGCGUCGCGUGGAGCGUGCUGAGCAAGAGGCUCGUACUGAGUAUCUGAGAAACAAAUCCCGAGCGGCUCUCUCUUCAGCGGGAGAGACGAAGGCAGAUGAAGAGGAGGAUGUGCCCAGCGGAGGAAGUGGAAUCUUGGAGCAUCUUAAUCUUUUCCCCCUGGAGGAUUCGUCAGAGAAGAAGGGGAAUGUGGAAUAUCUCAAAGAUAAGAAAGAUGAACAGGAGAAGCAGGAACGCGCCAUCGGCUUGCUGGUAUCUCUGGGACCCCAACCAGGGACUGAGGUCACUCCGUGGUACAUGAAAACCGCCAAAGAAAAAGAAGAAGAGAGAGAAAAGAAAGAACAGAAGAAAGAUAAAGAAAAAAAAAAGGGACUGAGUGAAGAGGAGAAAGAAAAGAGAGAUCGCAGAUUGAAAGACAGUUUAGAUCCGUUGAAAGAUAUGAAGAAAGCACUGGCUGUGAAGGACAGAAAACACAACAAAAUUAACAAGAAAAAUGAAAGGAGAGACAAAGGGGACAGGAGGAGCAGUGGAGAGAGCUCCAUAGAAAGGUUGCGUGCUGAGCGUUUACAGAGGGAGACUGAAGAAAGGAGGAGAACCCAGGCGCUGCUCGACCAGAGGAACGGCAAAAGGAAGGAGCCGGGGAGGGAGACGAUGGAGAGGGAGAUGCCGUACAACAGUGCAUACUUCCCUGAACUGGCCAGAAAGCGUCAAAGGCGAGAUCGAGAUAGCUGGAGAGACGAAAUAUUAAAAUCAUGAACUAUCUUUAUUGGUCGUCUAAGGAGUGUGAACUAUGAGGAAUGGUUAGUGGAGUAAUGUGACCAGUAUGUUUUUCCAAAUGAUGAAAUUGUCAAAAGUUAUGUCAUGUUUUGCAUGCCUCCACAGUAAAUAAGAAAUUACAAAAACAGAGAAUAGUCUGGAUGAAUUGAACUAAAUGGGGGUCGAGGUAAAAUAUAUCAAAAGAUACUCUUGCAGUAUAACCUUGUUUAUCCACUAGUGUACUCUAACACCUCACAGUUACAUUUCUUCCAUCUAAACAGUAUCAUGUUUGCAAAAGAGUUUUCAUGUGAGUACGGUUUAGGUGGAAGUGUAUUAAAUGGUUGGUUUUAGUGAAAAUACAUUGCUGUUAGAUGUGCUCCUCAUUCAUUUCAAAUGAUCAAGACUUGUCACUGUAUUUUGAUUAUUUGUUCACUGUGGAGGUGUGUAAACUAAGAACACCUAUAGCCUUGUAUUUGUAUUGCCAGUAAGCUAACGAAGAGGCCAUUUCGAGGCCAAUUGUUAUUUAUUGUUCACCCAGAGGUCAGGUUCGGUUACAGUUACCUUUCUCCCCUGCAGCGUUUCACUCAUGAUCCCGACAGCAGGGCAGAUGGUUGUCCUCACAGGGGGCUUACAGCACAGCUCUUGGCAAAGAAAACACAGCGGACAACUGUUAAAAAGAUGUAUACUGUUGCUAACAUUAAAGAUGUUCAAAAUCAGCACAAACGGAAUAAA